AUGGUCGCCGUUCUGGAAUGGCGGCGGAGGACUGCUGGCUGCGAGCAGAGGAGGUCGAGGUCGCGGCGGCGGAAGGAAGGGGAUAACUGGCGGGCGGCGGCGACUUCGCGUUGGCGGAGGGUCUCGACUCUCGCGAUGGCAAGCGACAAGCGGCAGCGGCACCGCGACAGGGAGAUGGAGGAGGGUCUCGCGCGAUGCAGCAGAAGAGACUAG